AUUGCUUAGUUUAUGCUGUGACGGUUUUCAAAAUUUUUAUUAUUAUUUUAAAACCAUCGAUGUAACAUCGAUAAUGUUGUAAAUUAUCGGUGCUCUUAGAUUUUCAAUACUUUUGUUUCCAUCCCUUCUGAAUUUAUUGAGCGUAUUAUGUUAUCUGUCUGUUAAUUAGAGGUCGUGAUUGUGCCCAUAUCGACAGCUGUUGGAGUCUCAUGUUUCGUUUUUAGGGCGAACUAAUCGCGCAAUAAACCAAAAUAGUUCCAUCACAAUAUAAACAAAUUGAACGAGAAAUGUGAUUUAGAUAAAAAUGAAAAACACGUAUGCUGUGUGUAAAUGCUUGCAGGAAAGUUGUGUCCACCGCUGUUAAGUAGCAGUACAAGCAAAUGUUAAAUGCUUUGGUUACGCUGUUAGCACUGCUGUUAAAACGGAAAUAAAUGCGUGGUGUGUGUUGUUGUCUUUGUGUCGCGUUUAAUUUUAUUAAGAAGCAAAACCAACCACUAAAAAUUGCUACGAAGUAAUCAAGAAAAAAAUAAAAGGUUAACAACACUCGGCGAUAAAUGCAUGCGUCGUAAUCACUGAGCGCUCGAUUUUCUUCGAGUAUUUUUGUCAACUCAAAACGUAGACACAACCUACAUACAGUUUAAAUAACAGCAACAACAACUACAACGAAAGAAAACAGAACAGCAACAACACAACACAACAGUAUGUACAACAACAGCGCAAGGGGCUUCUCCAUACACGACGCAUUCGAGGAGGAGGAAGAGGAGGCGAUACGCGUCUAUGGCUCCACAGUGAUAUCAACGCCAAUGCGCGGUGGCGUUAGCGGCAGUGCAAAACAAGGUCGCUCCACCGAAGAUGUUUCCAUACGCAUACAGGAUCCAAAGUAAGGCUACAACAAGUAUGCGGAAGACACAACGUCAAGGGACAGUGACUCGCUAAUACAGGAAUAUGGCAAUCUGCCAACGGAGGAGACAAACACAUACUGCUGGCGGCAUCCGAAGGUGCGGGAGAAUUGGCGCACUGUCCUUGCCGCCUUUACGCUGCUGGUGGUGGGCACCGGUCUGUUUGUGAUGGGAACGUUUGCCAUCGCCGAUCCACACAAUACAUCACAGGGUGUUGUAUUUUUUGUUGCUGGACUAAUUUGCUUUAUACCGGGCGCCUAUCAUGUCGUCUACAUUUGGCUGGCGGCUAAAGGAUAUCGAGGGUUUGACUUUUAUCACCUGCCACUGUUUACAUAAGCAGUCGGGAAGAUGCAAAUCGCAUUGUCGCAUUGGUAGAUCCAAUUCAAACCUGUCGUGUCGUGUCUGUGUCUGUCUAUAUACAUAAUUAUAUAUUUAUAUAUAUUUA